CAAGCGAUCGAGGACUAGAAGAACUCCCUCACUCUCAGUCCCCAUCUUCCUGAAAAUGGAGCUCUCUGCAAGCCAAGCGGUUCUCAAUCUACCCCCCAACGGCCACCACCACCACCACCGCCGAACAUACAGAGUCUUAGUGGCUACCCGCACUCCUGCCUCCAAAACCUCUUUAUCUUUCAAUCAAGCUCCGAUUUCUCGCACCACCUACCGCGGCGUUUUCCACCGGGUUGUUAAUUCGACGAACUUAUUACCAAGGGCAAGAACAUCCGAAGAAACAUCAACUGAAACAAAUAAGUUUACAGUGGAAGAUGAUGCUUCGGAGGAGAAUGGGUAUAGUGAUUUUUUUCUGAAUGGAGGGCCUAAAUCAGAGUCCCUCUCAGAUGUGCAGACGCUGAUAAGUGAGCUUCUGGACAAGCUGAACAUCAAGCUUGACUCUGAAGAUGCUUAUCCAGUUCUUUUAUAUGGAAGUGGUGCUUUGGUUGUCCUGUGGCUAGCAACAGCUGUUGUUGGUGCUAUUGAUUCUAUUCCAUUGUUUCCCAAGCUAAUGGAAGUUGUGGGUCUUGGCUACACAAUCUGGUUCAGCUCUCGCUAUCUGUUAUUCAAGAAAAACAGGGAUGAGCUGGCUGCUAAAAUUGAAGAGCUUAAGCAGCAGGUUAUUGGCUUAAGUGAUGAUUAAUAUGUAGGGUUGGUCUGAUUUACAUUGUUCCGUUGUUUUUUCUUUAAUGCGUAUCAAAGUUUGAAAUUUAGAGCUAAUGUUCUCCAGAUGAUGUUUAGGCAGAUUGUUAUAAAAAAUGUGUGAAUAACUAGACUAGUCAAAGAAGUAAAAGUUUUCAUUCUUCUGGCAAAUCUUUAUGCUGAUCAAAAUUUGCAUUAAUUUUCAACUUUUCAUCUGUCCACGUAAUGCAACAUUCAUUUUCUUUUUGUUGAUAAAUCUUGGGAAAACUUUAGUGAAAUUACGGAGACCAUGGAUGGAAAAGGCAUAAAUUCUCUUUAGAAGGUAGAUUUUGUGCCAGAUCAAUGCAUUGGGUUAAAAUCAGGGAAAUCGUUUAUGUUUUACUGUUGUGUUGCUUUACAGAUACCAGCCAAGCUUGGUGAGGAAAUGAAGGAACGAAAAUAACUUGUGAAGGAUUAAGCAUGCACAAAAGCAGAGAUAAUUGUGGAGAUGUCAUUAGGUAAAGGAAAUAGGAAAUUCUCAUGCAUACAUGGUGCGCAGUAUUGUGACACUCACGUUGGCAGGGUUCUCCCAUUUCUGGUGCAUUGCCGACUAAUUAUUCUAUGUUAUUUCUCUAUAAAUUAUGCAUUUCUCUCCUCUUCAAAUUGUUAAUUGGAUUCUAAAUUAGAAUAUGGUAAUUGGUGCAUUGGAAGAAAUGAAAAUAAAUCUCCCUUAAAAAU